AUGUCAUCAGCAGCAACACAGAAGCCCUCAACCGCAGCGGUGCAGAAGCGACAACUGUCUGAACAAGAGGCAGCACAAAUCUACCAGGGCAGACGGUCGGAGCUUCAAGGAAUUGCUUCCAAGAUCGGCGAGCUCGAAGGCGAAGCUGAUGAGCACAAACUCGUAAUCGACACACUCAGCGAGGCAUCCAAAGCCGACCCGGACCGCAAAUGCUUCCGUCUGAUCGGAGGCGUGCUCGUCGAACGCACGGUCAAAGAGGUUCUUCCUGCGCUCCAGACCAAUCUCGAAGGCCUCAAGCAGAUCCUGGAAACACUUCUAAAACAGUACAAGCAGAAGGAAACCGAAUUGCAAGAGUUCCAGCGCGAAUAUACUAGCUAG